AUGCAGCCCAACCAAAACUACGUGCUGGCCAAUGCGCGGCCGGACUCGCUACCCACUCAAACGGGUGCCUUCAUCUCGGUGAUCAGCUGCUCCGUCAUCGUCUUCUCGUUCCUCUGGAAGCGCAAAUGGCGACGUUACCCGAACCCGAUAAUCUACUGGAAAGCCGUCGUCGACUUGCUCUACGCACUACGCUUCCAGUACAACUGGGACACCUACACGAAUCCACUGGGCUGCCGUGCGCUCGCCACGUUUACACAGUUCUGCAUCUUCUCGUCGGAAUGCUGGUUCCUCUGUAUGUCUUUCAAUCUGUACCAGUGCUCCACUAACCCGUUCACGAAUCUCAAGCACAACCUGCAGUGGUAUCACGUCUUCUCGUGGGGUGUUGGAGCGGUGUUUGCUGUAGUAUUGUGGCUUUCAAGUGUCCAGUUCGAUCCCAAGAUCCAUCCGUCGUGCUUUGUCGACGAGACAGUCGCCAACGAGCUCGUCGUCUACUACGUCGUGGUUAUUUUAGCAGUACUGUGCGCAGUCAUCUUCGCUGUACUGGAGACACAGACUCAUCCGUUCAAUGGCAUGAAGGAGGCGCUGGAAGCCAAGAAAGACGUGAUUCGCAGUGCCAGGAUCUUCACGGUGGCUUAUAUCAUCUACCAGAUCAUCCUCAUCUCGUUCUGGCUUGCUGAUGUACUAUUCCUCAGCAACCAUCCACAUGCUCUUCAACUAGUACGUGACGCGUCAUCUUUCCUCCAGACAGCCAAGGGUUUGAUCGAUUUAAUCAUCUGGGUGGCCAUUAACGGUCUGGAUUGUCGUGCUGGUCGAUUGCGCGAUACAUUCGACAGUGACCGAUACAGUGACGUCGACAUUGAUCUCCAGCCUCAGCUUAAUGUCGCACUACGAAAGGAAGUGCUUCAUUUCACGACGAGAGGAAUUGUAGCAGCCUCGUCAAACACACCCAUGGUUACUGACGGUCGACGUGUGGUACAUCUCCGCUUACAUGAGUUGGGUAUGACAGUGUGUUUCGACGACUACAGUCCGGCCUCGUUCCGUGAUAUUCGACAAGGUUUCGGCAUCAACGAGACGCUGUACAGGAAAGCUUUUCUAGCGACAUGUCAUGAACGACUCGAGUCGGGCGGAUCCAGUGGCGCGUUCAUGUUUUACACGGCUGACUAUGCGUUCUUGGUCAAGUCAGUGACAACCAGCGAACGCAACGUGUUGCUGGAUAUGUUACCGGCGUAUAUCCGGCAUAUGAAGCAGAAUCCAGACUCGCAUUUGACACGGUUCUACGGUUGUCACUCUAUCGAGAUGUAUGGCCAAGUGUUUAGCUUCGUGGUGAUGGGAAACGUCAUCGGAAGGACAAGUAUGCAUCAGUUUUUCGACAUCAAGGGAUCCUGGAUCGACCGUAACGCUCCGCCGAUUCCCCCCGGAAAAACGGUCAUUUGUACGUAUUGCAGUAACGCUUUCCAGUAUGGAACGAACGAGAGCUGUGAGUACAGCAUCCGUGGCAAUCAUUUGCCCCACAUUGUGUUGAAAGACAACGAUUUUCAUCGGAAAUUGCGUGUGGAAUCGGAGACAGCUGAAGCUCUUGUUCGUCAACUCGAAAACGACAGCAACUAUCUGCGGGAACAAGGGAUCAUGGACUACAGUUUAAUGCUGAGUGUUCACAACACGAAGUACGUUGUGGAGCACUCAAUGGACAACAGAAAACCAUCUCCGACGAAGCGUAAGGUGCACUACCCGGUGUGUCAUCCUGAAAGCAACGACUCUUUCUUGUCGAUCGUUACAGACGGUCCAAGUCAGACGGAAGCAUCUAGCCACGAAGACCUGGACGAGGUGGAGUCAGGGAACCGGAGAAAGUUUAAUCGCAACUGUCGCUACUCUGUCGUGAACCUGUGUGAUGAGAACAGCAUUAGUAUUCGAGAAGGCACCCCACUCCUGGGUCAUAGUGGCCGUCGCUACAACUCCGUGUCGUAUGGGCCAGUUGAUAUGGCAACCCGUACAGUAGACGACUCGAAGUGGAUCGGCACAAGAACGCUCGAGAAGCGUGGCUAUCAGGCGUGUGUUGUGGUUGGCCCGGAUUUCUACACGCUAGGAGUGGUGGAUAUGUUGCAGACGUGGACGUGGAGUAAGCGGCUAGAACGUCUGUGGAAGACGCUGGUGCUGCGUCAUGACUGCUUGGGAAUUUCCGCAGCUCCUCCCAAAUUGUACGCUGAGCGUUUUCAGCGAAAAAUGCGCGACAUGUUAAUGGUAUCGUCGGCAUCAGUUAGUCUUGACCCCAACUAG